AUGGAUCUGGAUACUAAGACACCACUAUAUUUGACCAGCGACAAGACGUCGUUUGCGUUCAUAUCUGCCAGAGACCGCUGGCCAGUGAUAAUUACGCAAGCCAUUGACGAUGUCUACCGAACAAUCACACAGAUCGAUGACAAGCCCAAGCAAGACGAGGGCAAGAAGAUCGUCGAAGAGCUCGGCAAGCUAAAGUACGAAUUGCAACAUGACCGCCACCUCACGCCGAUACGAGAUGACGGAAAGCCUGACAUAGCCUUGUACAAUCAAGAGUUGGAGAAAUUGGGUACCCCGACUUGGUUCAAUGUGCCCUGGCUCUACAGCGAGUGUUAUUUAUACAGGCGCAUCAACACAUCGUUCAGUCUGUCGCAACACUGGAAGUCAUAUGACAUUUUCUCUAGACAGAAGAUGAGUACGUUCCGAUCCUCUCGGCCGGCUGUGCUGGAACUUGCUGGUCGGUACCGGGAUCUUGUUAUUCAAAUCCAAAACGACAAGAGCAAGACUGGACCGGAGGCGGAAGAAGCACAAGAGAUCUUGUUCAGGGAGAUGAUGGAGAUCUGCCUGUGGGGCAAUGCCACCGAUUUGUCGUUACUAACGAGCUUGACAUAUGAGGAUAUCCAGAAGCUCCAAGGUUCUGAAGCUCGCAAGGCCAGCGAGAAGAACAUACUGAUCAACGACCUCGACACCGCAUUCGAUGUUUUGAGAAAGGCCCGCGACGAGGGCAAGAAGGAGCGCCGCGUCGAUAUUGUCCUCGACAAUGCUGGUUUUGAGCUGUAUGUGGACCUCAUCUUGGCCGGCUAUCUGCUCUCUGCUGGGCUUGCAACCCAUGUUGUGUUGCAUCCCAAAAGUAUUCCAUGGUUUGUGUCAGAUGUGUUACCUGGAGACUUUGCAGCACUUCUCGGUGCCUUGGCAAGCCCCAAACCCUUCUAUGAGACACCGUCGGACGAUGAGAAGCUCCAGGACAAGACCCCGGCGCCUUUGACGGACAGCGAGGUGGACGAACUCACCUUUUUGUUUCAGAACUGGGCCGGUUUCCAUGCUGAGGGUCAACUUACAAUCCGACCGAAUGCUUUCUGGACGCAUGGAGGAAGCUUCUGGAGGUUGCCCGCCGAGAAGGACUUGCACGAGGACCUCAAGACCAGUGAGCUGGUCAUUUUCAAGGGCGACUUGAAUUAUAGGAAAUUGACCGGAGAUGCUAUAUGGGAUCCGACAACUCCAUUCACAGAAGCGAUCGGCCCGCUUGGCCCCGGCUCCGGCGUUAAUGUUCUAGCUCUUCGUACGUGCAAAGCAGACGUGGUCGUUGGGCUGAAACCUGGCCAGGAUGAACAGAUUCGUGCCACCGAAGGCGGCGGCGGUGACAGUGGAGCUAGAAAAUGGGCUUGGAGCGGCAAAUGGGCUGUUGUGUCGUUCUCGGGCGGAAAGUGA